GGUCUUGCCUUACUGCGCAGGCGCCAGCGGCCUCUUCCAACGGAAAUGGUUUCCAGCGGGGGCCGGAAGUGGGCGGAAUGGUGCUGGUGACUGUGCGAAAGAGAGAAAGAGAGAGGGAGGCGGAUUCGGAGUUGUGCAGUUCCCUCUGGGGGGCUCUCAGGCUGCAAGGCACGGUUCUUGUGAAGUUAAUAAGGAUGGGAUGGAGGGCAGCAUCUACCUGACGUUUCUGGAGAAAGAGUGGGCUGAAGUCAUGGGUACAAAGAUUCGGAUGUUUCUGAAUGGAACACCAUUCAUGAACGGCAAUGGUGAAACGUCGGCUCACAUCAGUGUUCAGGAUGCUGCUGAGGAAUGGAAGAGACCCUCGUUGCUGUGAAGUGGUUCGGUUUGCAGUGCUUUGUAGAGCCAUCACGCUUCUCCUUCAGGCCCUUUUCAACCUCCUCAUCCCCGACCAUGCGGCGGACGCGUUCUCGCCACCUCGCCUGUCUGAGCCCGGCGUCUGUGACUGGUUCUUGGAAUGGCUCCUGGGGGGCCUCUCCCACUGGGAUGCAGAGCACUUCCUGUUCAUCGCCGAGCAUGGCUACGUGUAUGAGCACAACUGCGCUUUCUUCCCCCUGUUUCCUCUGAGCCUGCGGGUGAUGGCGGAAACGGCGCUGAGCCCCUUCCGAGAGGUCCUGAAUCUCCGGAGCCGCCUGCUCCUUUCGGCAGCUCUUCUCAAUGCCCUUUUUUCAGCGUUGGCCUCUUGGGCUCUGUACGAGCUCAGCCGCCAGGUCCUCCUGUGCCGCAGGAGGGCCUUCCUCUCCGCCAUCCUCUUUUGCUUGACCCCUGCUAACGUCUUUAUGGCUGCUGCUUAUUCGGAAAUCAUGUUUGCCUUUCUAGUGUUUACGGCUAUGUGGAAGCUAGAAAAAGGGCAGCGUUGGACCAGCACGCUUCUCUUUUCGUUAGCCACCGGUGUGCGCUCCAAUGGGCUCAUCAAUGCUGGAUUCCUCCUCUAUUCCCAGACAAAGCACUUUGCUUUCCAGCUACAGAUGAAGGCAGGAACUGGGGCAAAUACGCUGUCGAACGUAGGUCCCUUCCUAAAAUUGGCAGCUUCUUUAGUGGUGAUGUCCGCCUUUGUUUUCUCACCUUUUGCUUUGUUUCAACUCUAUGCCUACCUUCAUUUUUGUAACCCCAAGAUUAGCCCUGAAGAUGCUGUGCCAGGGCCGCUCUUGCAGCUGGCCAAGGAUAAAGGGUAUCAGGUUGCAGCUCUGGAUGGUGGGAAGCAGCCGUGGUGCUCCUGGGAUUUUCCUGUGCUCUACACCUACAUUCAGGACACUUACUGGAAUGUCGGCUUCCUCCGAUACUUUGAGCCCAAACAGAUUCCCAACUUCUUGCUUGCUGCACCUGCAGUUGCACUUGGGGUCGGGGCAGCCUGGUGGUACUUCACCGCAGACCCUUGGCAUUGUCUCACUCUUGGCCUGGUGAGAAAGAGGACUGGAGGAGCGCAGGGACCAGACGCCGACAGGCCAGCGGCCGGUUUUUCUUCUCCCGGUGCCUUUGUUUACGUGGUUCAUGCAACAUCUCUCUUGGUGUUCGGGACUUUUUGCAUGCAUGUGCAGGUCCUUACUCGUUUUUUGGGCUCCUCCUCUCCAGUUCUCUAUUGGUUCUCUGCUCAACUGCUUUAUGACCACGAACCGUUGUUGCAGAAUGAAGGACCCUCUUCAUGUUGUGGAGCGCUCCACUCCCAAAAGCCCUCACUGGAUAAUUCUCUUCCCAACGGGACAACAAAUAAAAACCCUGUGUUUGCACUUCUGAGGAACUGGAGACAGACUACCGUUCUCACCAAAUGUAUUCUAGGAUAUGUACUUUCCUAUUGGCUACUGGGGCUGGUUCUUCAUUGUAAUUUCUUUCCUUGGACUUGAAUAUUUUAGGAGUGGAGAACUAAUGGCUAUUCACAUGACAUCGGAAUCCCCAUCAGCUCCAUCAGCUCAUAUGGCCAGUGUUACGCUAGGGAGUUACAGUUCAGCAACCUCUCAAGUGCCCCAGGCACUGGCUGUCAGUGGAAUGCAAAUGUUGCAUCUUUCAGCAUGGCAGAAUUCCUGUCUUCUAGGAAGUGUUUAACAUUGCACAAAAUUGCUGGGAGAUAGUUGUUUGGAGCCUUGAUAGGUGAUGUUGCCAAUAUGUUCUGCCUUCUCCCAAUUCCUAAGCCAGAGAGGCUACCAAAAUACUGAAGCAUGACUUGAGGCUGGUAAAAGAAUAGACCGGUGGGAUCAGCAUCAAAGUGUUGAAGCUUGAAGUGUUACUAUUCAGGUUGCCAGUCAGUGCUGUUCUCCAAGAUAUUGUACUCCAUGGAUCCUCUCCUAAUGUUACCUGCCAGCAGAUGUUCUUUACCCAAUGAAUAUGCUCACAUUUCACUGAGUUGUCCUGUCCUACACUUCUGAGAUUUCCCCCAAAGUUUUGUGUGUUUUUUUUGGGGGGGGGAGGUGCUUUGGCAAAUCAUGGGAUUAUCACAAUACCUCUGUCUUCUGCCAUUUUGGCUCCAUAAGGAUCAGUACUCAAUAAUGUGUACUCAAGCAAAGCUUCAAACCGAAGACUGCAUUCCCCCAGCCACUGGGUAAUACUUUUAAUUUGGCUGCAAUGGCCUUGCAUAGCUUUAAGGCAAAAUUUUAUUUCAACUUUUCUUGCACGGAUUAUGCCCUGCUUUUCUCUGUCUCUGUUCUUGAGUCACACAAAAACAGGGCACACCCCAUAUGAGGACAUUUGAGAAUAAAAUCAAAAGCUGUGUGUGGAGUGAGAGGAGUAUAUCACAUUACUGUUGUGCAGCAUCUCCUGAUAAACAUGCAAUAUAUCAAAGUACCAGGUAAUUAUAUGUGUCAGAACUGUGUGAUACGGGACCACAGGGAAGUGUAUCAAGUGACUUGCAACCUUUUGUCUAACAAGAUUGGGAGAAAGUUCCUAAUCUACAUCAUGAGAGAUGAAAUCUAAAACCUGAAAUUUGCCAUGAAUUUUCUUAUACGCCUGGCCAUGAAUUUUGAUACAUUUGCGUUUCUCCUGUACCACCCCCAGCUCUGUGGUGGCUAAACUGGUGAAAAUAUGUGUGAAGUUGAAGCUGACUUAUGUUUCUGAAUGUUUAGAGAAAGUAUCUCCCAUCCUUGUCUUCAGAUGCAAUAAUGGGUAUUAUUACACAGAAUGGGAACAUUUUAAAAAUGAAAAUGGACAUAGACAGUGUUGCUCUCACUAGCAGAACUAACAGUCUAGGAGUAGUUUAGCCUGUCUUGGAUGGGGUUGCAUUCUCCUUAAAACCCAUUUUUUGCAACUUUGGAUUCUUUUGGACACAACUCUAUUAUUGGAUAAUGAGCAUUUUUCACAAAGAGUGUUUUCCCCCAGCUUAGACUAGUCUUGUCAUCUCUGCUUGUUUCAAUAGAGGACAAAUCUGGUCAGGGUAGCAUAUGCAUCAUUGAUUAUUGUGUUAUGAUUUGCUGUGCCAAAGCUGGUCUGCCUCAACUUCUCUGUGAUGGUUUUUCAUAAUCUGGUGAAGAUCUUUCCUUUCCAGCAAUAUUUAGCCCGUUGGUACUGUAUUGAUAUUCUCGUGAACAUACAUUUUAAAUGCUGCCUCUUAAAAAAAAAUA